UUACCCAGCAUAACCGAUAAGGCCUUCGUGGAGGAGUGCGUGAGCGUCCACAACCAGCUCCGCGCCCAGGUCCAGCCGCCCGCCAGCAACAUGCGGUACAUGACCUGGGAUGCAGCUUUGUCAAGGACUGCAAAGGCAUGGGCAAAUAAAUGCAUUUUUAAGCAUAACAUAUACCUAAGAGAGAAACACCAGUGCCAUCCUAAUUUCACAUCUAUUGGAGAGAAUAUUUGGGUUGGAAGUCGUCCGGCAUUCACUGUUGCUAAUGCCAUUAAAGCGUGGUAUAAGCAGGUCAAAGACUAUACUUUUGCAGUGCCGAAAUGUACUAAGACUUGCGGUCAUUACCUUCAGGUUGUUUGGGACUACUCUUACAAAAUUGGCUGUGCUGUUACUCUUUGUAAGAAAGUUGCAGGAAUACGAAAUGCAGCAAAUUUUAUUUGCAACUAUUCACCCAGCAAACCUGGGCCACUAUUGAGGAGUUCUAUUAGCCUGAACUAA